GUGAUGGGGACUGGACAAGAACAGGACAGCAAUGGGAUGGGGACAAGGAUGGAGGCAGGACACAGAUACGAUCUGGACAGGGAUGGAAUGGGGACAGGACCAGAAGCGGAACAGGAUGAAGACAGGACAGACAUGGGGAUGGGUGGGGACAGUGGGAACACAGAUGGGGAUAGGGAUGGAGACAUGACAAGGACAGGACAGUGAUGGGAUGGGAACAGGAUGGGGAUGAGACACAAAUGGGAUGAGAACAGGAAUGGGGUGGGACAGGGACUCUUUCCCAGCUGACACUGGUGGUGUCACCCCCCCCUUUGCCCAAACCCCCCAUGUUUUCCCCCAGGUGGGGCUCACGGUGGCACUGUCCCUGUGUCCCCCUGUGUCCCCUCCCACAGACCCACACAACCUGUGGAUCCGCUGCAGCGUCAACGGGCGCCCGAUGCAGGACAGCAGCACCCAGCACCUCAUCUUCGGGGUGCCCGCCCUCAUCGCCUGGGUGUCCCGGUUCGUGACACUGGUCCCUGGGGACAUCCUGCUGACGGGGACUCCUGCCGGAGUGGGGUUCUUUCGGAAACCCCCUGUUUUCCUUAAGCCCGGGGACGAGGUGCAGUGUGAGAUCGAGGAGCUGGGCACCAUCUGCAACCGCGUGGUCUGACGGUGGAGAGACCCCCAAAUCCCACCCCUGUGGGAUCAUCAAGUCCACUAACAAAGAGAAUUCAGAAUCAGUCUGCUGAAACACUCCCUAUCUGGGAAAAAGAUAAUAAAAAUACUGAAAAUGUGGAUUAAUUAGCACAAGAAGUGAGAAAUUAAUAACCAAUAGAAUAUAGAAUACUACUUAAUUAACAUAACCAAUGAACAUGAAUUUCUUUGUUUGCUAAAAAUGUAUAA